UGCGAAUCCCAUUCCACAAACAAAACCCACAAAUAUUUCUUAUAGCUUUCUUCUUCUUCUUCACUGCAAUAUUUUCUCCAUCAAUCAGAGCCUUUUCUGAUCUCAAAUGGUUACCCAAAAAGUUGUCUUAACAAAUCCUUUAUCAUUUGAUGGAGAUUCUGAUGUUUAUCAAGCUCCUAAUCUUGUUCGACGGAUUUUAAGCUUGUUUAGUAAUGUACGGCCAGGAUCUGAUCUCACAUCCUUUCAGAUCCCUCCAGUUUUCAACAUUCCAAAAUCACACCUGCAAUGUUAUGGUGAAUCAGUAUAUUGUGUGAGUAAAGAUUUGUUGAAAAAGUGCAACAAUGGAGAAAACUCAUUGGAGAGAUUUAUAGGCGUUGUAGGGUGGUGCAUUUCCAUUCCUCGUCCUGCAAUAUUUGGUGCUGCCCCUUAUAAUCCCAUUCUUGGAGAGACUCAUCAUGUCUCUAAGGGAUCCCUCAAUGUUCUCCUUGAACAGGUUUCACACCACCCACCGGUAUCGGCACUCCAUGCCACCGACGAGAAUGAGAACAUUGAGAUUAUUUGGUGCCAGCAGGCUAUUCCUAAAUUUUAUGGGACUAAAGUGGAAGCAGAAAUACGGGGAAAAAGAGAGCUGAAGCUGCAUAAACAUGGAGAAAAGUAUGUGAUGAAUUCACCAAAUUUGAGGAUUAAACUAUUGCCACCUGGGCAUGAUUGGGUUGGCAAUGUAAAAAUAAAAUGCGAAGAGAGUGGUCUGGAAGCUGAGUUGUGUUUCUUGACCAGUUCCCUUUUUGGAAGGAAAGCUUCACAUUCCAUUAAUGGAAGGAUCUACCGGUCAUCGUCUUUCAACACUACUCUUUAUGAGAUUCAUGGUCAUUGGAAUAGCAUCGUCACAGUGAAGGACAUGAUGAAUAAUGGGAAAGAAAGAAUUAUAUAUGAUGCAAAAGAAGUAAUGUCGGGCCUAAAAUCUCCCCUGGUUAAAGAUCCUAAGGGAAUUUUGGCAAGUGAAUCAGCUGCAGUUUGGAGUGAGGUGAGUGAAGGCAUAUUAACAAGUAAUUGGGAGAAAGCAAAAGAAGCAAAGAAAAAUAUAGAGGCAACCCAAAGAGAGGCUUUGAAAGAAAGAAAUUCAACAGGAAAAAAUUGGCUCCCUAAAUAUUUUAAUUUAUUGUAUACUAAAGAUGGUGGUUGGGAUUGUUCACCCAUUCAUAAAUUAGUUCCACCAGCCCCCAUUAUUUAUCCCCAAUAAUCACCUUUAAAUUGUACCAUAAAUUGCUAAGUUAUUACACAAAAUAGAAUAAGAUUUGAUGUUUAUUUUUCAAA